AUGCAAGCACUAGAUUCUUCAGUAUAAUUUAGUCAACUCUAUGAAAAAUAGAGAAUUGAAGAGAGAAACAUUCAGAUAGCAAAGAGUAUUCUAGAUAGCAUCGACUAACUUGAAACUGAGCCUGAUUCAGUAAAAAGAUGGGGAUGGGAACUUAUCCAAAAUGCUUAAGAUGCCUCUGAUCCUGAAAAGCCAGUGAAAAUUAGGAUAAUCUUGGAAUAUGAUAAAUUGAGAUUCUUGCACAAUGGAAAGCCCUUUAGCCUCAAAGAUAUCAUGAACCUAGUUGAUAAGGGCUCAGAUAAAGACAGACCUCAGUAUUUUAGUGAAUAACUUUAGCCUAAAGAUGAUUUUGAUUCCUUUUUACAAGGAAAUAACAAUGCUUUUUCGCAGUAGAUCAAUAAUGUUUAAAUCCUGAAUCUUGAUAAUAUGGUCAUUCCAGAAACUACAGGAAGAGAUACUAAAAAUGUCAAUUAAAUGCUAAGUUACAAUAAAAAAUCCUCAGAAGUGCUCUAAAACCUCGAUAAUCAUGAAAAUUGGCCAUUUUUAUCAAACUAUGAAUCUGGAUUGGACUUUGAUACCACAUUUACUUAUUAUCUUUCAGAACAAGGUGUUAGAAAUGCUAAGGAGGGACUAAAGAAUUUAAUUGCAUCAAUCCCAUAUGUCAUUGCCUUUAGCAAGAAGAUUGAAACUAUUGAGAUAUUUGAUAAGACUGAAUAACAAAGGCAGCAAUAUACUUUUAGAAUCGAAAGGGAUCCAGUAGUUGUCUCUGGAGAAACUGAGAUACUAAAAUAUUUUAUUAAUGAUGAAGAGAAAUAUUUGAUCCAUUCAUUCAAUAAGUAUACCUAAUUGGCUUGCUUGGUAUUAAAAACUGAAGAAAAUUUCUAUGAAAUUUGUGAGAAGGAUUCUUGCAUUCCUAACUUCUUUGUUGAUUAUCCCUUGAUAGGCUCUCAAUCACUCAGAUUUUCAGUAGUAUUCAACUCUCAUUUAUUCUAUCCAAACGAAAAGAGAUCAGGCAUUUGCCUGGAUGAAAGUCUUGGCUUUAAAGCUUAGCUUAAUACACAGCAUCAACUAGCUGGAGAUAAGAAUAGAUUCCUCAAAAACCUACUGAUUAAUCCUAUAAUCACCAAAUUUGUUAACUCUGCAAUAAUAGAGUGCAAGGGUGGAUUGACUCCUCUUAAGAAUAUAAUGAUCCCAAACAUAGAACUUCAUAAGUUAAAGAGUGUUAACUAUUAUCUUUAAUAAUUUGACUCUCAAUUGAAAUCAUUCUUCAUAGCAGUGUUUGAUGAUCCUGAUUGGAAACCUCAUCUCAGUAAUACUCAAAAAUGUUCACUCUUUCAGAUUCUAGCUGCUUUAGAUGACGUGAAGAAAUUUCUUUAAAAAAUCUAUCUCUAUAUUGCAAAUUAUAAGGAUUUGAAUUAUAAGGAGAGAAUUAAAGAAUUUAAACUAUAUGUUGAUCAGAAUAACUUACUUAAAAAGCUAGUAGAAUUAUAAAUAGAUGAAGAAAUUGAUGAGAAUUACAAAAAGAUUUGCUUAUCAUAUGGAUAUGAUUUGAGAGCCAAAUUAUUCAAUAAUAGCUUUAUACCUCAUAACUAUAGAAAUAUUUCUAAGAUGAAUGUUGAAAAACUGGAUUACGAGCUUUCCCAAGAUGUCAAUAGAAUAUUAGAAAAAUAUAAAUCCCAUAAUUAUCAGAAACCAAACAGAAACUAAAUCUUCAGCUGUUAAGGAUCACAUGAUAACAAUUUAUCAUGCUUGUUGAAUAUAGAUAAUGAAACAAAGUUACAGAAAUUUACUUUUCAAAUUAUUGGUCUUUCUAAAAGCUAAGUGUGCAAUGUAAAAAAUGUGACUGAACAAUUAUGGAAUGAAUGUUCUAGAAUAUCUGUUCACUACCUUAGAAAAUAAGUAAAAUAAGCUGAUACUCUUUGCCAAUUAGAAUAGAAAUUAGGUUUAAUGAUUUCCGCAAUAAAUUUUUUGAAGCUAUUUUAUGCUGUGAUAUCUGACUACAAUAAACUCUAUACUUUAAAGCCAUCCAUUACAAAAAGUAAGACCUUGCAUACUUCCUUACCCUAAGCUAUUCUAUUAAGAAACUUAAAAGAUAAUCAUGAGAUAUUUACCAGCUUUAAAUUGUGCUAGGAAUUCGAUUAAAUCAUUGUUGGUAGAUGCUCAAGCAUCGACUAUAUAAAAAAAUCUGAAUCUUUUAUCAACAGAUUUGAUAAGCUCCAUUAAUCUACAUUUAAAGAUAUCAAUAUUAAUUAUGCUACAGCAACUGAAUACUAUUUUCCAAAAUAUUCAAAAGAAAGAAAAAACAUUCUAGUUAAGUUGAGACAAAACGGAGAGAUGACCAAUCUAUUAUAUGAGAUCUAUCAAAAUGAGUAAGAGGUUCAGAUGAGAUUACUCACCAAAGCAAAGAAAUCUAACUAUUAAGUUCUUGAAGCAAUAUUGAAAUAUGUUGGGGAAAAGGAGUAAAUUUCUUAGAAGUUUAUUGAUGUGAUGAAUAGCUAUGCAUUAGAAAGAAUGAAUGAUCAAGGUCUAAAAGAACUGAUUGAUAAUAUGGAAUAUAUUGCUAGCAAUAAUAAGUAACAACCUCAAGCUUAACCUUAGCUAUAAAUCUCUAACUAGAAUCAAAUUGGUUUUUGA